AAUUGAGCUGAGAAAGCUUAUCACUCGAUCAGUUAAAUCCCAUGCUCCCAACGGCUUUAGGCUUGUCCCAUUGUUAGUUAUCACUGUCAUGGCAAGUAGUGAAUUAGUGUUCAAGGUCCGGAGAAGCGAGCCCGAGCUUAUCCGUCCAGCCAGGCCGACUCCCCACGAGUUCAGGAGGCUCUCCGACAUCGAUGACCAGGAGAGCCUCCGGUUCCAGAUCCCGACCAUUUACUUCUACCGCUGUGAUCCUAAAAUGGGGGGGAGGGACCCCGUGGAGGCCGUGAGGGACGGGCUGGCUCGGGCCCUGGUGUACUACUACCCGUUUGCCGGGAGGCUGAGGGAGACUGAGGGGAGGAAGCUUGUUGUGGAGUGUACCGGGGAGGGGGUGAUGUUCAUAGAAGCUGACGUGGACCUCCGGCUGGAGCAGUUCGGGGAUGCCCUCCAGCCUCCCUUCCCCUGCCUGGAGGAGCUCCUCUUCGACGUCCCGGGCUCCGGAGGGGUGCUUGAUUCACCCCUACUUCUCAUUCAGGUGACACGGCUUAAGUGCGGGGGCUUCAUCGUUGCGGUCCGCCUCAACCACACCAUGAGCGACGCCAGUGGGCUCAGCCAGUUCCUGAAUGCGGUCGCGGAAAUGGCAAGGGAAGCGACCCGUCCUUCGGUCCUCCCAGUGUGGCAGAGAGAGCUCCUGGAUGCCAGGAACUCUCCCCGGGCCACGUUCCCCCACCGCGAGUAUGACGUGGUGGCCGACACCAAAGGCACUAUCAUCCCUCUGGAUGACAUGACCCACAGGUCCUUCUUCUUUGGCCGUGCUGAGAUUGCUGCCAUCCGCCAAUGCGUCCCCGAGCAGCUUCGGUCAUGCUCCACGUUCGAGGUGCUCACCGCCUGCCUCUGGCAGUGCCGCACCAUUGCCCUCCAGCCCGACCCGGAGGAGGAGAUGCGCGUGAUCUGCAUUGUAAAUGCACGCGCCAAGUUCAACCCUCCCCUGCCAGCGGGUUACUAUGGGAAUGCCUUCGCCUUCCCGGUGGCACUGGCAACCGCCGCCAAGAUCUGCGGGAACCCACUGGGAUACUCAUUGGAGCUGGUGAGGAAGGCCAAGGCGGACGUGAACGGGGAGUACAUGAGGUCUGUCGCGGACCUCAUGGUAACCACAGGAAGGCGACACUUCACGGUGGUGCGAACCUACCUGGUUUCGGAUGUGACUAGGGCCGGGUUCGGAGAGGUGGACUUUGGGUGGGGGAAGCCAGUAUAUGGUGGGCCUGCAAAGGGGGGAGUAGGGGCCAUCCCAGGGGUGGCGAGCUUCUACAUACCAUUCCGGAAUCAUGAGGGAGAAGACGGCAUCGUGGUCCCGAUCUGCCUGCCGGGCCCGGCCAUGGAGAGAUUCGUGGAGGCCUUGGACCACAUCCUGAAGGGUCGCAAAGUUGCGAAUGUUUCCAAGCCCGCCUUUGUUCUAUCGGCCCUUUAAAUUGAGAAUGAGAAUCUUCAUUUCUGUUGGCGUUUCUUGUAUGAUUAGCUUCUCUCGGGGUCGAUAUCAAUAACGAACAACCGAUGUACGUGGUCUUUGUUGUAAUACCUGAGUUAUAUAUGUCAUGUAAUAUUACUUGGAACUUGGAAGGC